CCAGCGUUCUGUGAGCGCCGGUCUUGCCUGCCCCAGCUAGACUGUGGGCGCCCCCACUUCCUCGGCUUUCGGCCGACGUUUAUGUGCUAUGUUCCCAGCCCGGUGCUGGCUUCCGUGGGAGACACAGAUGACAAACCUGAAGACCUUGAAGAGGCAAAUCCAUUCUCUUUUAAAGAGUUUUUGAAAACCAAGAACCUCAGCCUGUCAAAAGAUGACACGAGCAACACUAGAAUUUACCCGAAGGAAGUCGCGAGGCGCUCCCUGGGGUUGGACCCUGGCUCCCCACCCACCCAAUCUGUGGGCUUCGGCGUAGACUGUCAGCAGCCAUUCUUUGAAGACCUGACUGGGGCCAGUGGCCUCCUGGAUGAGGAUGAGGACGAGGAAGACGGGUGGAAUGGUGCCUAUCUGCCGUCCGCUGUGGAGCAGACCCGCUCAUCCCGGGCCGCCACCAGCACAUCUCCCUGUGGCACCUACCUGUCCUUUUUCUCCACCCCAUUGGAGCUGGCAGGGCCUGAGUCUCUGCCCCCAUGGACAAUGAGUGACACGGACUCUCGCAUGUCCCCAGCAUCCCCGUCUAGGAGUCCGGGCAUGGACUUCACAGCUCACAGGGAGUCCCUGGGAGACAGACAGCUGCGGACGCUGCAGAUGAGUUAUGAAGCACUGAAAGAUGAAAAUUCUAAGCUAAGAAGAAAGCUGAAUGAGAUUCAGAGCUUCUCUGAAACUCAGACAGAAAUGGUGAGGACGCUUGAGCGGAAGUUAGAAGCGAAGAUGAUCAGGGAGGAGAGUGACUACCACGACCUGGAAUCGGUGGUGCAGCAGAAACGGGCUGUGAAGGCAGAAAAUCAGGUCACGAAGCUGAGACAGGAAGUGAAGUUGCUCCAGGCACAGGUCUCCGACUUCAAGCAGGAGAACGAGGCCCUGCGGUCGGGCCAGGGCGCCAGCCUGACAGUGGUGAAGCAGAACACCGACGUGGCCCUGCAGAACCUCCGCAUGGUCAUGAGCAGCGCACACGCAUCCAUAAAGCAGCUGGUUUCCGGAGCCGAGACAUUGAAUCUCGUUGCCGAAAUCCUUAAAUCUAUAGACAGAAUUUCUGAGAUUAAAGACGAAGAGAACUCUUGAGAGACACUGGUGCUUCCCGCCUCCAGCUGCAUGUGCCUGGAUCACCGCCACCCACCUGAGCAUGCAGCUGCGCCCCAACUACACGUUCUCCAUCAGAGUCCAGUGUGACACGGGACCCCAAGCCCACAACCUGCAGUACUAUCGGCCGCCGCUGCAAGAGCAGCCCCUGAGUGUUGUACCAGUGCUUUAUAAGUGGUCCUUGGUGAAAUUCUGCUUUAUAGAUUCAAUAGCCUGCUGGGAGGAGUCAUUAUACAAUCUAGUAGUUUUUGAAAGGAAUACUAGACAGCCACUGUGCAGUAAGAAUUUCCAACAUCUCAGAACACUCAGCCCUGGAGGGUGCCCUCUGUGGUCCACCUUGGCGCUGUGAGCCCAGAACGCCGAGUGGCGCGGCCGGCCGGCGGCUAACACCUCACACCUCACAUCGCAGCCUCUGCUCAGUGGUCCAAGUGCAGGGGCACCGCUUGGUGGACGUGGCCACCCUCCCACUCAGGUGCGGGGCUGAGGCCGCACAUUCCAUGUUAGGGAGCCAUCUGCACUCAGCUUGGAGGGUUCGGCCCACUUUUCAAGUGACAUUUUGUACAGUGAUGUGUGGGAUUCAGGAAUGUAGUGUUCAGAGCUUCCCAACACCACGGGGCUCUUUCUCUUUCCUGCCUGCGGAGGCACGGCAGGGACCCUAUGCUUUGUUGGCUACUUUCCCGUACAUGGUUUUGUUUUAAUACAUUUAAUUCUUAUUUAAACAAAUUU